CCACAAAGAAAAAAUAAAAUAAACAUGUCCCCUGUCAAAACACGUUCAACCUCAUCAAAGCAUCAAAAAGACCGUGGAUACAAAGCCGAUCCAGAAGACACUAAUGACGACGAUGACUUUUAUGGGAUGCGGGAACUGAAACAUCAGUUGGCCGGACUCAAUCUACAGCUCAAGGACACGAUGGGCGAUGGCAAUUGUCUUUUUCGUGCAUGUGCAGACCAGUUCUAUGGAAAUGAGCGAGACCAUGCAGCCUUGAGAGCGGAAGUUUGUCAGUACAUUGAAGAUCAUACAGACCAUUUCAAGUCUUUUUUGGAUAAUGUGACUGUAGAGGCACAUGUGGCCCACAUGCGCAAGAACGGCACAUAUGGCGGCAAUAUCGAGUUAGUGGCGUUUGCCCGCAUGAAAAGAGUCGACAUCAAGGUUUAUCAACCCGGAUAUAUUUAUGUCAUUGAAGGUGUCGAUGUCAAAAAGGAAGGAUCUGGUCAUGGACAACGACCAAUCAUGCAUAUUGCUUAUCAUAGCUGGGAGCAUUAUUCAUCAAUACGCAACAUUGAUGGACCACAUGAAGGGCUCCCAGAAAUUAAUCCACGACCUAUUAAGCAACAACCUCUAGCCAAAUUGACUGACCAAGACCCACCACGGUCAAUUGAGCGCGUGAUCAUGAAAGUCUCUGGCGUUCAGGAUUUAGGGCUUGUGAGGGAUCUUAUGGAAAAAUACCACGGUGAUUUUGACAGUGUUGUCAAUGACUUGGCAGAAAGGGCGUAUGAGGAAGCAAACGAAGAAUGCAACAAAAACAUCAUUAUCGAGCCUGCAAAUACGGAUGCAGAUGUUGAGGCUUCAAACGAAGAAACUGAAAGCAACGGAAAACCCAUAGGCAAUGUCCUAGAAGGAGAAGAGGAAGAGGAAGAGGAAGAGGAAGAGAAGAAAAAGAAAAAAGAAAGUUUACAGGAGAGCAUUGAGGAUAAAACGGACGCAAACACCAAGGACCAUACUCUUACACGGGCCAAACUUGAUGGAGAUAGUGGGACGCGGUCUGUAGCUAUGGGCACAUCUUGGUCAUCGAGUGACUUGACUGACAGCGAUCCUUCAGUUUCAGUCACUGGCUCAUCCAAGCCGUCUUCACGUGCAGCUACACCAACUUUAUUAGCUACAUCGUCAAGAUCCAGGACAGCAUCGCCUGUGCCACCGAUAGCCUUGUCGGAUGAGCCUGUGAAGGGAGUUGUGCCUAAGAAACGGAUAUCAUCAAGAGAGAAGAAAGAAUUAGCAAAACGAAAUCAGAAAUUGAACAAGAAGAAUAGGGGAAAAGUUAAUGUGGAUUACCUUGGUAACUAG